AGGUCUACAGUUGAAUCCAGCGGAUUUAGAUGGUUAGUUAUCUACCGUGACCACUAUCGUGAGGAAGUACGAAACAUAGCUGCCCGUUCGUGGUUACCGACGCUAGUCACUGUGGUUUGUGUCUGCAUUCCGUACUUCUCCGUACCAGAGUUAUCUUCAUACCGGAUCGGAACCAUGUCGUUUGUCACGGUGCCACAGGGAAGUGACUUCCCGAUUGAAAACCUUCCGUAUGGUGUGUUUAGUACCGCUGCUAAUCCUAACGCGCGUGUUGGUGUAGCGAUCGGUGAGAAGAUCCUCGAUCUUUCGUCGAUUGUGAACUUUUAUCCGGAACAUGUGCGAAACGCAUUGCAAGCGACCGUGCUGAAUGAUUUAAUGUCUUUGGGCUGUGAUGCGUGGGCAGAAGUAAGACGCAUUACUAAGGAGUUACUGCUCGAAGGUUCUCCGCUGCACAAAGACGUGGAACUCCAGGCACGUGCGCUGGUGGCACAGUCCGAUGCAAAAAUGCACCUGCCGGCAAACAUUGGAGACUAUACGGACUUUUACUCGUCGAUCCAUCAUGCAACGAACGUUGGUGUUAUGUUCCGCGGAAAGGAGAACGCUCUCAUGCCCAACUGGAAGCACCUGCCGGUGGGAUAUCAUGGGCGGGCCAGUUCGGUGGUUGUGUCCGGUACACCGAUACGACGCCCGUACGGUCAAACACUUCCCGUUGAUGGUGCGGAUCCAGCAUUUGGUCCGUGCCGUUUGUUUGACUUCGAGCUGGAAAUGGCGUUUUUCGUUGGAGGACCACCAACCGGGCUGGGAGAACGGGUUUCGGUACGUGACGCAGCUAAACGUGUGUUUGGAUUCGUGCUGAUGAACGACUGGAGUGCCCGGGACAUUCAGAAAUGGGAGUAUGUACCAUUGGGACCGUUCACGGCAAAGAACCUUGGCACCAGUAUCUCUCCGUGGAUUGUCCCGGUUGCUGCACUGGAACCAUUCCUGGUAGAUAACUUCCCGCAGGAUCCAACCCCCUUCCCUUAUCUACAGCACGAGCAGAAGUUUAACUUCGACAUCAAACUGGAAGUCGACAUUAAGCCGAAAGCAACCGGCGUAGCAACGACGGUUUGUCGUUCGAACUAUCGAAACCUGUACUGGACGGCGCUGCAGCAGAUCGCACAUCACACUGUCACCGGGUGUAAUCUGAAGCCCGGUGAUCUGAUGGCAUCCGGUACGAUCAGUGGCGAUGCGUCCGAUUCGUUCGGUUCAAUGCUGGAACUUAGCUGGAAGGGCACAAAAUCGGUUCCGCUGAGUGGUGGAGAAUCGCGCAAAUUUCUACAGGACAACGACGAGGUGGUCAUUCGCGGCUUCUGCAGUGCGGACGGGCUGAGGAUUGGAUUCGGAUCCUGUGACGGUGUGGUGCUUCCGGCAACACCAUUCGAGUGAGAUCACGUGUGAUCGCGAGCGCGAGUGAAAUGCGUGUUUAAUGGUUGAAUAUACAUCCAGUUUCCGUUGAUCA